AUAAAUAUUAUUAGUGUUUGGGGGGGGGGGGGAGGGAUUAUUAGAACACAAUUGUUGUACUUGAUUCAAAGAGCUAUUCUUACUGUGCUUUUCCUUUCAGUUUUCAAUAAUAUUUCUUCGUCAAUCACUGCCAAAACGAAAUGGGAACUAGGUCUGCUAUUGAGGUUAUUGGCAGAAAGAACAGAAUUGCACAAAGAGAAGCCCUAGUUUCCAGUGGUAUCGAUUUCAUCUCAGAAUUUUCCUAUAUAUUAAAAAUUGUUCCACCUGCAGAGAGAAACAAAUACAUGGAAAAGGUGCUGCACUCAAUCUUCUUUUUUGGAGGCAUUAAUGUGCUUCCAGUAAAACCAGAGGAAUUUCUUCCAAGUGAAAUGGUUACAGCUUUCAAGAAGAACUAUCCCAAACCCUUCCAGGAAUACAAUACCCACCUUCCAACGCAAACCCCAUAUUCCAUUGUACUUGAAAUGGUUGAGAAAUACAGUGGAAGUAUCGAUGUUUUGGAAAGACUGAGAACAUGGAACAAUAGAGUGAACGGAAAGAUUAUAAAUAAUUUUGUUUCAACUGUUGUCUCCUAUUGUUGGCCUCAAGGUGGACGGUGUUAUUAUGGAGCUUCUUUGUCAUGUUUUGGCUUAAUGGAAGCAAAAACUAUGAUUGCCAUUUCAUGUUUCAAGACAUGGCACCCGGCUAUAGGAUGGGUUGUGAGCACUUGUCAGCGCCAAAAAGCUAACUUAAAAUUUUCUCCAGGUGUACACUCAACCGCUGUUAGAAUGAAAUUUAGGUCAACAGCAAACGACAAAUUGCUACCACCAUGCUUCAAGUGUCACAGCAUGUUUCAAAACGUGGUGUAUGAGCCAAAAUAUUCUUCGGACGACACGGAGGACCAAAAUGAACCACCAUGGAGCCAUGGUAAUUGUGCUGAAAGUGAAUCAUUCAGUAAACUUCUAAAUGCUGAUUCGACCGUCUCUUCCGACACGAAGGCUCACAUCGGAGGAACCUUGCAGGCCAUAGAAAACAUAACGCUGGAAACUGACCCACUUGAAAAACAAAUUCGGAACAUAGGAGCCAGACAAUUUAAAUUGCCUAGAAAUAGUUCCCUUAAAUUUUUUUCCUGAUUCUGUAGAGUAAAACUAUCAAAGAGUACAUUCAAUCAUGAUUUAGAAAACAGAAAAGUUUUUAAAAAAUUAAUCAUGGUAAAUCUCAAAUCAACCUGAAUCGAAUACCAUAUAGAUAUGAGACAGAUAUGUUUCUUAUUACAAAAGGGAUUAUGAGGAUAAGGCAGGGUUAGGUUAUCAUCUGAAGUUAGAUUAGAAGAUCAGCCAUGAUUGAAUGACGGGGCAGGCUCGAAUGGCCUACUCCUGCAUGUUAUGUUAUAUUCUUUGCAUUGUAUAACAGUAGUUUCCUUUUUACGUAUUUAUUGAAUGUAUCUGAAAAAUAACCAAUAAAGAACUCAAUGUGUCAUCACACAAACUUACAA